CCUGGCCCGGAAGUGCGCAUGCGCACCGGCAAGAUGGAGGCUGCGGCCGAGCCGCUGCGGUCUGUCCGCCGCCUGUCCCGCGUGCUACUCUUCCUGUCCCAGUGCUACAUUCUGUCUGGCGAUGAAUCCUUACAUUUAGAGCAUUCGCAGCCGCUGGCUCAAUCAGUAAAGGAUCCGGGCCCCACACGUACAUUCACUGUAGUUCCCAGGGCAGCGGAGAAUCAGCUGUUCUCUCACCUCACAGAAAGUACUGAAAUUCCUCCUUACAUGAUGAAGUGUCCAAGCAAUGGUUUGUGUAGCAGACUUCCUGCAGACUGUAUAGAAUGUGCGACCAAUGUCUCCUGCACUUAUGGGAAGCCUGCCACGUUCGACUGCACAGUGAAACCUUCUGUUACCUGUGUUGAUCAAGACCUCAAGCCCCAGAGGAACUUCAUCAUCAACAUGACCUGCAGGUUUUGCUGGCAGCUUCCUGAAACAGACUAUGAGUGUUCCAAUUCCACCACCUGCAUGACCGUGGCCUGCCCUCGGCAGCGCUAUUUAACCAACUGUACCGUGCGUGACCACAUCCAUUGCCUGGGCAACCGGACUUUCCAUAAGCUGCUGUACUGCAACUGGACCGGCGGCUACAAGUGGUCCACGGCCCUGGCUCUCAGCAUCACCCUUGGGGGCUUUGGAGCAGACCGCUUCUACCUGGGCCAGUGGCGCGAAGGUCUCGGCAAGCUCUUCAGCUUUGGCGGCCUGGGAAUAUGGACCCUAAUUGAUGUCCUGCUGAUUGGAGUCGGCUACGUGGGACCAGCGGAUGGCUCUUUGUACAUUUAGCCGUGGUUAUGUGCUUCAGGGAGCAGUGUGUAGAGUCCUUUGUGCGGAGAUGGACACGGUGCGAGAGGGGUAUUUAUGUUUUUAAUGUACAGCAUCUGUACUUGGCUUGCCUUGAUGAAGGUAAAUAAAGAAAUGGAACUCUGA